GUUCACUGUCCUCUAAUUCUCUAAAGAUCAGAUUUCAGCCCAAACAGUUUACAGUGACUGAAGCUGAUGAAGACAGUGCAGAUUCUUCUUCUUCUUCUGAUGACUUUUGAUGUGUGCGUGCAUCUUUCUGUGAGAAACAGACGCGCUGAUUUAUUUGUUUGGUGAAGGUUUGAGCAGGAACAGAUGAAGGAGCACGCUCUGCAUUUGCUUGUACUCUCCCACGUCUUCUCGGUGCCGUCUCUGAAGACGGUUUGCGUCGACCAACUCGAGAGGGGCUUCCUCGCUCCUGACAACGUGGUAGACAUGCUGCAGCUUGCCAGGCUGUGUGACGCGCCCCGCCUCGCGCUCGCCUGUGUCCGGAUGGUCAUCGAGGAUUUCAAGACCAUCUCUCUGACGGAUGGGUGGAAAGUGAUGAGACGGGCCAAUCCAAGUAUGGAACAGGAGCUGCUCGAGUCUCUUGUCGAAGCUGAUACGAGAAGGCAGGAAAGAGCUAAAAAGAUGGAAGAAACGAAAGUGUAUCUGCAACUGUACGAAGCAAUGGAGGUGCUGGUCCACAUCUGCCGGGAAUCAAACAUAUAUGAAAACAAUCAAACAUAUAUUGGGCUGACAGAAAUCCCAUUGUUCCUAAGGAACGGAAAUUGGUUACACCUAAUCUUUAUGGCAAUUUGGUGGCUAACACGGCUGCAGGCCAACGACACCAUCAAGAUCGAUCUGGAGACCAACAAGAUCAUGGACUUCAUCAAGUUUGACGUCGGCAACGUGGUCAUGGUGACUGGUGGGAGGAACACCGGGCGUGUAGGAGUCAUCAAGAACAGGGAGAAGCACAAGGGCAGCUUUGAGACCAUCCACGUGCUGCUUGGAGCUUUUUGCUGUGUCUAG